AAUCCCUCAGAGUCUAAAAAGCUGCUCCGGAGGUCAAAACCCAUCCCCCUCGGCCCUCACUCGCGCGUUCUCUCUUUCUCGACCGCCAACCCCCUCGCUAAUGGCGGCUCGCCGAACGAGAGCAAAACCACUUCCGUCGGCGACUGAUUACGUAUCCUAGACCUGCCUCUUGGAAAACCACUUCCGUCUCUUCUUCCCCCAACUUCUUCUCUAUUUCGAAUCCGCCCUCGAUCGAUUCCCCUGCCCUCCCCCUCCUCCCCCCUCGAAAUCUCCGCCUUUUCUUACCUCCUAUCUCGAAACCUUUUCUCCGAUUCGUUGAAAUCUUGUUGGGGGUUCCGAAAUGAAGCAAAACUAGUCCGCCUAAGAGAUCUUCGAACCCUACCACGAGGCCUCUCGAUCCCGUCUCGGCGAAAAUGGGAAGCAGAUGGAGGAAAGCCAAGCUCGCUCUCGGCUUGAACCUUUGCGUCUACGUCCCCAAGACUCUCGACGACGCCUCGCCGUCCGAUUAUCCCUCUGGGACAUCCUCGGACGCUGCCGCGGUCUCUCCGGCGUCGGGGGCUUCGGAUUUCCGCGCCUUGAUGCCCUCCACUCCGACUCCGACCUUGUCCGGCCUCCGGCUUUACAAAUCUGGAAGCAGAUCGUCCAAGAAAACAUGUGCUAUAUGUCUAGCCUCCAUGAAACCAGGAAAUGGUCAUGCUCUCUUUACUGCAGAAUGCUCUCAUACCUUCCAUUUCCAUUGUAUUGCUGCAAAUGUAAAACAUGGGAAUCAUGUGUGCCCCGUUUGUAGGGCCAAAUGGAAGGAGGUACCCUUUGGAGGGCCCCCAUCCUCUGAGUACCCUCAUGGAAGAGCGAGAGUUAAUCCAGUCCAUUGGCCUCAAGAUGAUGGGUAUGUGAAUGUGCUGCGGCGGCUCCCUCGAGUUGAGUCUUUGAAUAGGCAGCAUCAUCUGACACCCCUCUUCCACAGUUCAGAACCUAUUGUCUUCAAUGAUGACGAGUCUUUGGGUUCCUUAUCUGAAACAGCUAAAGAAACCCAACAUGGAUGCAUGAGAACGGUAGAGAUCAAGACAUACCCAGAAUUCUCAGCCAUUCAACAGUCAGAUUCUGAAGAAAACUUCACCAUUCUAAUCCAUCUCAAGGCUCCACUUGCUCCCAGGACACAACCAUGCGGUGGAAAUCCCCAUGGGAGCACUAACCUCUCGAAAACCUCUCGAGCUUCUGUUGACCUUGUAACAGUGCUUGAUGUCAGUGGCAGCAUGGGUGGUACCAAGCUUGCAUUGCUGAAGCGAGCUAUGGGGUUUGUGAUUCAAAACCUUGGGCCCUCUGACCGGCUUUCUGUCAUUGCCUUCUCAUCAAGUGCUCGCCGGCUCUUUCCCCUUCGUAGAAUGUCUGAAUCUGGCCGGCAGCAGGCCGUGCAAGCCGUCAAUUUGCUGACAUCUGGUGGUGGGACUAACAUUGCUGAAGGCCUCAGGAAGGGUGCAAAAGUGAUUGAAGAUCGUAAGGAGAAGAACCCUGUCUGCAGCAUCAUUUUGCUCUCUGAUGGGCAAGAUACAUAUAUGGUCACCCCGACUUCUGGCGGUGCUCAACCAACGCAACCAGACUACCGAUCACUUGUUCCGUCCUCCAUUCGUGGCGGCACAGGUUAUCAGAUACCUGUUCAUGUAUUUGGUUUCGGUGCUGACCAUGACUCUGAGUCAAUGCAUUCGAUCUCAGAGACCUCUGGUGGGACUUUCUCUUUCAUUGAGACCGAGGGUGCAAUCCAGGAUGCUUUUGCACAGUGCAUUGGUGGGCUUCUGAGUGUGGUGGUUCAAGAGAUGCGUGUUGGUGUGGAGUGUGUGCAUCCGAAUGUUCACCUUGGCUCCAUAAAAUCUGGUGGCUAUGGCAAUCAGGUCAGAGAUGAUGGUCGGAGUGGAUCUAUUGACGUGGGAGACUUGUAUGCAGACGAAGGGAGGGAUUUUCUGGUGUCCGUCGAUGUUCCACCAGCCUGUGAAGAAACCGUGUUGCUGAAAGUGAGCUGUGCCUAUAGAGAUCCUGUGUCAAAGGAGACAGUGAACGUGGAAGGCGUGGAGGUGAAGAUCUCAAGACCGUUGAUUGUUGUGGAACAAACGAUGUCGAUUGAGGUGGAUCGUCAGAGGAACCGUCUCCUGGCUGCAGAGGCCAUGGCUGAAGCAAGGGCUGCUGCUGAGCGUGGCGAGCUCUCGGAGGCUGUCUCCAUACUGGAAGAACGCAGGAGAAUGCUGUCAGAAUCUCUGGCAGCACGAUCAGGGGACCAGCUGUGCCUGGGACUUGAUGCGGAGCUGAGGGAGAUGCAAGAAAGGAUGGCCAGCCGGCAAAGGUAUGAAGCAUCAGGGCGGGCAUAUGUGCUGUCAGGAUUAAGCUCACACUCAUGGCAGAGAGCAACGACCCGUGGGGACUCAACAGAUAGCAGCCUCUCGCAAACCUAUCAGACACCAUCUAUGGUCGACAUGCUGCAGCGCUCCCAGACGAUGAGUCCUGCAUCUCGGCAUCCAAAUAUACAGAUGCGACAUGCAAAAUCAUUCCCGGCACGACCGCGGCCAAGGUAAUUUUGCAUAUUUUACGUGGAGAGGAGAAUUCAUCCCGGUAUUUUUGUUUAGCACUGCUUUUGUUUUUUCGCUGCUUCUUUGUUUUGGGCACUAUGGAAGCUCGGGGUUCAGCGCAGAAGGUAAAGAGAAGGAGAUUUUGGAGGGUUAUUACAUUGGUGAUGGGGUAUAUUGUUAACUUGUAAAUGAAUAAGUUUGGGUUAUGAUACGGAAGGAGCGUGGGAAAGAUGAUGGUUCAGUUCAAGUGGGGAAAAGGUGGAGGGUUAUUAACCUGGGUGCUUUCUCUUCUGUCCUCUUGCUCUGGUUUUGGUGGUGUACAUAGGAGAAGGGAGGGGGGGUAUAAGCUAGUGAUCUUGGGAAUGCGUUGUCCUCGUGGGUUGUAUUCUUCUUACGAUAUAUGUCUUCUGUCAAUUAUGGUUUAAGUCUACGGGUCCUUUUCUAUUCCUCCCACAUUAAUUA